CAAUCUCAAGUUCUGGAUCGACCAGUGUGGUCAAUGGAGGACACUUUGGACUCGAUGACCCCCGUGGAAGAAUCCGAUGGAAGGCGCCACUCGGCUGAAGAAUUGCCUACACAUGAAGCUCCUGCAGGCGAAACCGGUACCUCUCUGGAGGAUGAGAUGGCCUCUGAGACGGAGGUGCGCUAUAUAAUGGAGGAGGGAUCUCCUGAGAAGAAGCACGAAACAGAAGUUCCUCUUCCACCUGAUUUGGGAAGUCCUCAACGGGAAGACAACCCACAACUUGGACAAGAACCAACCUUCCAGGAGCACCAGGACACCUCGUUUGAGUCCUUACCCACCUAUCUUCCCUCCAGCAGCUGGCUGGCAGAUUUUGACAGAGCAAACGUUUAUAGCAGAAUGCCACCAGCUCCCAAAAAGCAGAACCAAGCUGUGAACCGGACCACCUUAGAGGUUCCCACUCGGAGGAGGAAACUGGAGCUGGAGUACAGGGAGGAACCUUGUGUGCGCAAGCCCAAGGAGCGAUACAAGCCCAAAGGCAAGACUGGCCGACAGAGCCUCUCCGACCAUGAGUGUUUCAUCACCAGAACCUUCAACGAGAACAUCUUUAGUCUGGCGAGUGAACGAUUUUGCAGCAGAUGCUUGGCCAAGCCCGGUCCAGGCCUCAAAAGAAAGGCCGUCCCCUUCCAGCAGCGCAACCAGGCCCUGACGUCCACCUGUGACACCUGCAAGUCUCACAAGAGGCUUCCGAGGAAAGGUUCCGUCCCCGACACGCGGGCUCUGCAGCGCGGGUGCAACACGGAAGGAGACUCGUCGGAUGGCUCGUGUCACGCGGGCCUCGAGAGCCCCCUUGGCAGGCGCAAGAGGCCACUGGGCUCCAAGCUGAACUGGGAGAAGAACUGCACGCACGACGAAGCGCAGCGCUGCCAACUCGAGGCCGGGGAGCGAUUGCGCCACUGUCCCCACGGCAACGCCAUUCGGGAGCUGGACGAGAACUUGCCAGCGCACGCCGAGCAGCUUUACUGGACACAUGGGUGGCAAACAGAGAAGUCAUGGAAAACGGCCCCGGCCAAUCCUGACGGCACGAGAUCACCGCACUUGAACAAGCACAAGACGUCACAUUCACAAGAAAGUCCAAGAAAAGACACACGAUGCUGAGUUGCACAAGAGCACCAAUCAGUCACUUUUAGAUGUUUUGUACACUUAAAUUAUUUGCACUUAUUUGUAUAGGCGGUCACAAAAUGUACUAUUUAUUAACCACCUAAUAAACACAGAUUUGGAGUCAUUGCUUUUCUUUUUGGCUUUUA